ACCUUUCGAACGACACCUAGCAAGCUUUUCCUCUCCAUUUCAGCACUCUUAAUAUAUUCAAAAUUUAAGGUCGAAAGUCCGGCUUAUCAGGAUGGAUAGGCUGCGCCAGAAGAUCUCGGAGCUGUUCAACAACUCCUUCCCCACAAUCGAGGAGGUUCUCCAGAGCCCCAAGUGCUCAGAGACCUCAGAGGCAGGGAAACCAUUCCCUCCCGAUCCAAUCGGAACUUCGAACGAGAAACCCGAGAAGCGAAGCGACUCUUCCCGUGGCAAAACUGAACCCAUAACCUCGGCUGAUCUGCCAACCCCAGAUUUAAGUUUGCAGCAGUUCCAGGAGCAAAAAUCUCCGUCGAUCAACUACGAAUUUGAGUUCGUCGACUUUGUGGACCGCAAUGCUCCCAGGGGAAUGUCCAAGAAGCUCUUGGAGAUGCUGCCCUAUUUGGAGGUCAGCUUCUUGUCCUGGCCAGCUUUUUGGUUUUGGCGCGGCUACAAUUGGCACGCCCAACGCAAAACGGAAAGGAUCGCAAUCUACAUACAAAGGACCUAUCAGCAGGCCAAACUAAUGCAGUUGGCCAUCCUGGCCGCUGGCUUGUGUACGGUGUCAAUGGGUCAUUCCGCAGGCAUGCCAAUUCAAGUGCAAAAGGUGAACCAGGAAGAACCGAAAGCAGAUGAUACUGAUAUUGGCGAUUCCUCAUUGCCCAAGUAAGCCUUGGCGCAUACUUCUCUCGGAUUUGCACACAAACAUCCCACAUUAAACAUUAUUUUCGGUAAAAAUAAAUUCAAAAUCGUCUGAAAAUGGGCA